AUGCUCGAACGCAUCGCCGCCGGUCCGCGCGCAGCCGCCGUCCGCGCCAGGUUCCGCUCGGCCGCGCGCUGGUGUGGCAAGAACCUCAACUUCUUCAGGGUGCAUGUGCUCGUCUUCACCUUUGUGCCCCUCAUCGCCGCCGCCAUCUUCUACGCGUGCAACGGCGAGACGCACAUCAACUUUAUCGAUGCCCUCUUCUGUUGCGUCUCGGCCAUGACCGUCACCGGCCUCGUCACCAUCAACAUCAGCACCGCGAACGGCGGUCAGCAGGCCAUCCUCUUCAUCCUCAUGUGCAUCGGCAACAUCUCGGCCGUCAGCGUCACCAUGAUCUGGAUCCGCAGGCACUUUUUCCGUCGCAAGUUCGACCACGUCGUCCGCCGCAGCGCCAAAGUUCGCAAGCGCAUGCACGACGUCGAGGAGCAGCAGCGCAGAGAACGUCGCCACAACAUCGCCAAACUACAGCGCAUGGUCGGCCUCAAGGCCUCCGACAGCGCAACCACCUUGGACGACACUGACGACGCCGACCGCACCGACUCCAGCUCCAGCGGCCACAUCGAACUCCGUCGCAUCGAAAAGAAGCAGUCCAAACCAAAACCAAAACGCAAGCCCCUGCGCGCAGACAUGAUCCGUCGCAUCGACGGUCCCGCCUUUCUCAUCAAUUCGGCCGGUGACCCCUCCAACACGAUCCCAGACCAUCGCAUCCUCGCCGGUCCACUCACAUCCGAGCCUGCCACCGCCGCAGCAGCCGCCGCUGCUCAGCCAGGCGCAAGCAUCCUUUCCACCACAUCCGAGUCCGACCGAAGAGACGAGCCCGACGAGCCGGACCAGCAACAUCCCAGCAUUCGCAUCUCGCUCCCGCACGAUCCAAGCCAAGUCGCCGAGCCCGGCACAACAGACUCGGCUCCUCGCCGCAGACUCUCCAUCCCACGCUUCAGCGGCCGUCACGAUCCAGAGGCAGACAGCGACGAAGAGGCCGUGGCAGACGAAGACGCCCAUGACAUCGCCGACGCACCCAUGCCGCAGUCGCCGCCGCUUCGCGCUCGCUUCCCCGACCACCCACCGCUCGGACGAGGCAGGCGCGUCUCCGACCCGCCCCAGUCGCACUUCCGUCGAGGCUCCGACACCGGCCUCAUGGCCACCUACAAUGCCCACGAGAAGCACGACAUGUUCCCACGCGCCCAGACCGUCGAGUUCGCCGUGCCUAGCGACUACCGUUCUCCCGCCGAGUCGUCCGGCUAUACCACGGGCACCCAUUUCAACAGGCCCGGCGCCGGCAUGCGUCAGCGCAACACCAACUUCAACCGCACCGUCACCGGAAGAUCCUACGCCUCGGGCCGUACGGGCUACGGACGCGGCGUCCCCUUGGCACGCACCCAGACCUCGGCCAAGCAGCGUGGCCUCGGAGGAUUCCCCACGCCGCUCGAGAUCGCCGGUCUGGCCAUCAAGAAGGCCAUGCCCGGCGUCCAGGAGCGCUUCCAGAGGACCAUGACCAUGCCGCGCACCUCCACUUUCACCUCGGUGCGCUCUGGCGGUGGACUCACCGACGGCGGAUCCAAGACGGCCCCCUAUCUGUCGUUCGACGCGACGGUCACCGGCAACUCGCGCUUCCACGCGCUCACCGAGGCGCAGAGGGACGAACUCGGCGGUGUCGAGUACCGCGCACUCGAUCUGCUCGCCAAGCUCAUCCCGGCCUACUGGCUCAUGAUCAACCUCGGCAUGAUCACCAUCGUGGCGCCGUACAUCAACAGCGGUGCGUUUGCAAAGUACCGACCUGCGUUUGAGCAGCAGGGUGCGAACCGGCCCAACUACACGUGGUUCUGGUUCUUCAACGUGGUGUCGGCGUACACCAACACGGGCAUGUCGCUCAUCGACACGAGCAUGACGCUCAUGCAGGACGCCUACUUUCUGCUCAUCCCCAUGGCGUUUUUGAUCCUGGCGGGCAAUACGGGCUUUCCGAUCGCGCUGCGGUUUUUUAUUUGGAUCGUGUCGCUGUGCGUGCCCAAGGGGUCGAGCGUGUACGAGACGCUGCGGUUUCUGCUGGACCAUCCGCGUCGGUGCUUUGUCUACCUCUUUCCCUCGAGCCAGACGUGGUUCCUGGCCUUUGUGCUGGUGGUGUUCACCUCGAUCGACUGGCUGGCGUUUCUGAUCCUCGACAUCAACAAUCCGACGAUCGAGUCGAUCAAGCUCGACAUCAGGGUUUUCGACGGGCUGUUUCAGUCGAUCGCCGUGCGCGCCGCGGGGUUCACGGUGGUGAGCCUGCUGACGCUCGCUCCGGCGGUGCAGUUCUUGUACGUCGUCAUGAUGUACCUCUCGCCGUUCCCGCUUGCGCUGUCCGUGCGCAGCACCAACGUGUACGAGGAAAAGUCGCUCGGCGUGUACGGCGACGAACCGACGGACCCAGGUAACCUGCCGCAGGAGUCUGGCAAUCCGAAAGUGUGGGGAUCCUUUUUGGCGUCGCACGCACGUCGUCAGCUGGCAUUCGACAUUUGGUGGCUCGGCUUUGCGCUGUGGCUGGUAUGCAUCAUCGAGCGCGACGAUAUCCAGGACCCCAACUCCAACGGCUGGUUCACCAUCUUCAGCUGCCUCUUCGAGCUCACCUCGGCCUACGGCACUGUGGGCCUGAGUCUGGGUACGCCCUUCGAUGCGUUCAGUUUGUCGGGUCGCUUCCACACGCUGUCCAAGCUGGUGGUGUGUGCGGUGAUGAUUCGCGGUCGCCACCGCGGGUUGCCUGUGGCGAUCGACCGGGCUAUUUUGUUGCCUUCGGAACUGGAGUUGGAGGAUAUGCUGGACGACGACGUGUCGCAUCUGGACGAGUGGGAGCGCGAUAGCACCUUUGUGGAUCCUACGGCUCCAAGGCCUUCGAUGAGCACCGAGGUGUACCACCAGCGCAGUGGCAGUACGGGCAGCGGAGGGGAGAACGGUAUGUCGGCCGUGCAGCGUACGCAGUCUGGUGUAUCGUUUGCCCUCGGCCCACGCACGCGCCGCGGGAGCGUUCCUCCAGGAGGCGAGUAUGGAUCUCUUUCGCCCAAGCAGCAUGCGGAGGUGCACGAACCUCGCCGGAGCUUUACCAUGACGUUGCCGCCGAGUGCCAUGCCUUUGCACGCCUCGGCUGCAGGGGGCACGGGGAUGGUGGCAUCGCCGGGGCAGUUGACAGCGAUCGACGAGAUGCCAGCGGGUUUGACGCCGCUGAGCGAGAGUAGGGCGCAGACGCCUACGCGCGGCGACAAGCCGCCCAGCUUCCAUUCCGAAGCCAGCACAAGCAGCAAGGGCAGCAAGGGCAAACAGCGGCUCGACGAGCAUGAGACGCAGCUCGCUAGGCAGGCGGGCUCGUCUACGCCGCACGGCGUGCAUGAUCCGCUCACGGGUAGAGAGUAG